GACAUCAAAACACACGCUUAAACAUUUCUGCACACCGCAUGUGUAACCCUUACACACUUUGAGGCAACGCAUGCAAAAUGGCCUGAAUGUGUGAAAAUUAUGUGUAAGUCAUACUCACAACGUGAGUUGAUGACCAGUUACACAUUUUUGUGCAGGCUGCUCGGUGCCAAACGCUUGAGCGUUUGUCAACAUUUCAACGAAAAAAAAAAUAAAAAAAAAAUAGAUUGCGGUGUUUGCGAACUUGCGUUGUUUCCCAGCAAUUGAAAAGCGAUGAAGGAGCAUCCAACCAAAUGUUCCGUGGAGAGGAGGAGACAGUUGCUCGGGUGAGCGAACUUCGGAUCGACAACCAUUGCCGGAAGAAAGCAUCCUGCUCAGAAACACCUCGAGUUGGACACUGGAUUGGUUUUUUUUAACAAAAUUUGCUUGGUAUCCAUGUAGGUUAUACACAUUUAUAAUUUAAAAAGUAGUAAUAAACUCAUGUGAAAAUGAUUGUUUUCUUUUUCAAACUAAAAUCAGAAAAAUAAUAAAAUUUGUUCGAAUGUGUAACAUUCACGCAUUUUCCAAGCAAGGGAAGCGUUUUCGCAAUGUGUGACAUUCACACAUUCUUCAAAUCAGUCUGCAAACGCUUCAAUGUGUGACAGCUACACAGACUGUUUUAAUUCUCAGGCAUCAACACAAAAAUGUGUAAGGCCACUUUGCACAGAUUUAGUGUGGUCUGGAAAAUAUGCACAAAUGAGUGAUCCUUACACAUUUUUGAGUGGACCGAUCUGAGCGUGCAGAUUUGCAGAGGUAUUUUUUAUGCAAAAUUAUUCAAAAUAUUGUAACAAUUUAUGGCGAAUUUUGUAGAAUUUUUUGAGUGAAACUAGUGAAAAAGUGUAGCUCAAUGUAUUCAGCAAGGGAAGUGUGUUGCUGAGCUUCGCUUUGGUGUGUAAUUAAGGUGCAAUAGAAUUUUCGUCCCGCCCUCCUCCGCAACGUCAGAGGAAUUUUCGGUGCAAAUGGAGCCGAGUAAAAAACCGCAGGACUGGGUCCACAAGUUUAACAUCUCCGAAACGCGGAAGCAUAAAGGCUAUACUAUCUACAGGAUUAGUUCUAUCGUUUUUCCACGAUUUCUUCCGGAGGCCUUGUCCACCGUUACGCUGUGGAAGCGCUUCAGCGACGUCAAAACAUUGUACAAAGAGCUCGUCCGGAGACACCGGGAGCGGCACCUGUCCGGGACGGUUCCCCAGCUGACGGAAAAGACCUACUUCAAGCGGUUUGAUCCACGAGUCAUCGAGGAGCGCAAACGGUACAUACUGGAUUUGCUGGAAUUCGCUGGAGCGGAACCGAUCCUGUACCAGUCGUAUGCAUUUGUGAAAUUCUUCGAACGUGGCAUUUCGCCGGAGGGAUCACCGUUGAAGGGUGGCAAUAUAGCGGCCAUUUGCGAGGAUCUGGCCAUUCCGGUGCCGAAAGAGUUUGAGCUGAUCGAUCCGAGGAGAUGCGGGGAGGAUGGAAGUGGCGAUGGCGAGAGCGAGGAAGGACGAGACGACGUCAGUAGCAGUGCGGGGGAAUCGGUGCUGACCGGCAAUGUUUCGAUGGGGGGAUCGAUGUUUUCACAGGAGGAAAUCGGUGGUACGAAUGGGGAUGAUGGUGAUGAGGUGGACGAAGUGGAUGCCUCGAUGGAUUACAUUGUUGAAGCAGCGAUGGUGUUUAGCAGAGCGGUGCAAGCGGAAGCCAACGGGUGCUAUAAGGAGGCGUUCGAUAGAUACAAGGCCGGGAUCGAUAAACUGCUGAGUGGAGCUAAAGACGACACGAAUCCCACGAGGAAGAAGAUUGCCAAAGAGAAGACCUGCAAGUACGUGUCCCGAGCCGAAGAGAUCUACGAGCGGUUCCUCCUGUAUCAGGAGGACGACCAGGUGCUUCAGUUGAGUCAAAUUUCCUUGGAUGACCCCAGUUCGCCGAUACUGUUGCUAGAGCGACCCCUAAACUACUUGUCGCGUUACAAGGUGGUACGGGUGCUGGACGGACGCGUCAUGCAAGUUCAGGAUGUCACCGAUAAGAAGUUCUACAUUAUGAAGGGAAUACGGAAACCACCCGGCUUUUGCCAUGCGAUGUUCUUUCCUAGCGAUGUUCCUUACAUGGUGCCUCUGGUGGCUUACUUCCAAUCGGAGUCCAGUGUCUUCCUUCUACUGAAGCUGAUUUGUGGCGGGAAGUUGUGGGACUUCAUAUCUAGCUAUCGGAAGAAGGACGAUUUCGAGUUUGAAGAAUCUCCAUCUCCACUUGGAAUCGAACAGAGCGAAACCGAAGCGGACACGAAAGUUCAAGAACUUUCCAACCAGUCCGAUUCGAGUCAAGGGGUGGGGUACGAUUCCGGGUUUAUUGAUCUCGUUAACGAUUAUAAUGGUAAAAAUGCGACAGCGGGAGAUAAGACUGAACCAAAGGUGCUGGAUGAGGAAGCCCUUGAAGCGUGGGAUGAGGUAGAUGACCGCCGAUUGGAGCCGGAAGGCCAGGAGAGCACCCAGGAGUACAUUCCAUCGUUCGAUGUUCUCUCGAGGGACAUGGACGUUCAAGAUCUGGUCAGCUGCAGCCAGCAGCUGUUAAAGUCAGUUUCACAGACUUUGGCACAAUCUCACAAUGAACCGAAUCCGGACGAACUAGAUCCGGUCUUGGAGGAACGCCAGGAAGUGCGUGCUGAGGUCCCGAAGAGACCUCACAUUGAAACUAGUCAAUUAGAAUUAAGGAUCACUGAAGACGAAAAUGGGACAACGGGAUUCGAUCCCAUCCCCGAGGGAUGCAUAAAACAGUGGAUCAGUGAGCUGGUCAUUGCCGUGGAUAAUCUGCACUUUAAUGGAAUCACUUGCAGCGAUCUCACCAUGGAAAACCUCCUGCUCGGCUCGGAGGGUCAACUGAUGCUGACGUACUUCUACCGGAGGGAACAAUUCCCCAGCACCGGUGGCAAUGCACUCGCGACGACCGAACUGCGCCAAGAAGCGGUCCAGCGGUUGUACGUUGCACCGGAGCGCCCACUGCAGGCCAAAUCCGACUUUUGGUCGGUGGGGGUAAUUCUGUUCGAGAUGCUGACGCGCAAGAGUUUCCUGUCUUGCCAUCCGGCGGGCGUUCUGUGCUACCAUGACAUCCAGUAUCCGGAAGGGGUGGAAAUAUCGGAUGAAGCCAGGGAGUUGCUCGAAGGGCUCUUACAACCUCUCCCGGAGAACCGAUUCGACUUCAAGGAGAUAAUCGCCAGCGCAUUCUUCCACACAAUAGACUGGAGCGAGGUGAAACGACGAGGCCAGAUCUGAUCUGCUGUGGCUGCAAUAAUUCAAGACGACGUACUACAACUACUAUCCGUAUAGACACGAAGUGGAGUUCAACCGAGACAGACUAUACCUAAAUACUAUGGAACAAAGUUUAGUGCAUUAGAGUGUUGUUCAACGUGUUAGUAUAAACCUACUUAUACGGAAAUUUCGAAUAUUUUUUGUGUUUAUCGAAUGUACCUAUAGACGGAAAUAAAUGUUGACACCAGGCGA